CUUUCCUCUCCUUUGUCCACUCACGCCUCCGUUCCCCUUUCCCCCCCUCUCCUCUCCUCUCCUCUUCAGAGUGAGUAAACAGAUUCUCUUUCCUCCCUCUCCUCCUCCUUCUUCCUCCUCCUCCCCCUCCCCCCCCCCAGCCCCAAACUUUCUUUCUCCCUCCGGCUCACCAUCCCCACCCGUUCCUGACUCCCUCUAAUGCCAUACUACUGCCCCUAAUAAUACCCGCUUAAUAACAUGCCCUCCGCCAUGAAGAACUCGCUCGCUACCACCCUCUUCUCCGCCGUCGCUGCCCUCGCCCUCCUCUCCUCCUCCACCGUUAAUGCCGCCAUCAACUGCCAGUCCCCCUCGGGCUCGCACCAGGCCGGUGACUCCGUCUCCAUGUCUCUCGGCGACAACGGCUGGUGGCCCAAGGCCGGCGAUAUCUACUCCAUCACCGCAACCGUUCGCUGCUCCUCGGGAGGGUCCCAAAUCGCCUCCAUGGACAUCUCCAACGGCAACUCCUGGACCAUCCCCAAGAGCGCCUACGGGGCCUGCCCCGGCGACCAACUCUAUGUCGAGUACAAGGGAUCCGCAUACGAUAUCCUCCACCUCCUCCACCCCUGGCCCUACACCGCUACCUGUGAGACCCUUACGGUAACAGCUCCGCCUGCUCCACCAACACAACCUCCCAAGCCUACCACCACGAACCCCCCACGAACCACUCAGCCCGCAGAUCCGCCACCUACGACCCAGCCCGCGACCCAGCCGCCAACAGAUCCUACAACCACUCCUCCAAAGGUCGCCACCACGAACCCCCCUCCACAGACAACGGGCGGUCCAACAACAACAACACCCUCCCCGAUCUACACGACUACGUUCAUCAUAGUCCCAACAGUCAUCUCUGGAACUUCAACCGUGGUCUCGGCCACGACCAUCGUCCAGAUCAACACAACACCGCCCACCUCCCCAACGACCAGCGUAGACCCGUCCCAGACCAGCGCAACUUUCGACCCUAACUCGACACAACUCCCGGGUCUCCCACCCGCCUCGGGACAGAAUCAGUCCUCCAAAGAGACAAACGUCCCCGCGGCAGCCUUGGGGGCCGUCGGAGCCGCGGCAGCGUUGGCCCUGAUCGUCUUUGGACUGGUCAUGACCAGGAAGCACAAAAGGAUGCGUCAGGAGCAACUGGACCGGGAAGCGUUCGGAUCUGGAUUGGAGAAACAUGGAUACGCGUAUGGCCCGACCAUGGUCACCAGCGCCGACGAUCUCUCGCUGCCGAGCUUACAUCAUGCAGGCUCUGGCGCCGCUGGUGCUGCCGGUGCCGCUGGUGCUGUGGGUGUGGGUUUCUAUAAAUACGAAGAUGACGAAGGCUUGAGUCGCCGAACGAGCGAUCGUACCACCGGAUCUCUGGGUCACGCCGUCGCCGAUGCCGCCAACGUCGCCGCCUCCACCUCCGCAAGCACGACGUUGCUCCCGUUCCCUGUCCCGUCUGCGACGAGCGAGGCCCUGAAGCAACAAUACGAUCUCGCGAACCGUCUCUCGAUCGCCAGUCAGGACAGUAUCGAUAUCGGUCCCGCGGGCGCCAUCGCCGCGGCCGCGGCCGUCAACCAACAGCUUUCGUUGAAACAGGAACUUGACCGUGAAGGGGAUAAUGAUGUCUACGGCAUCAACAAUGGCAACGGCAACGGCAACGCUGCUGAUGAGGAAGAAUACCAGCACCUCCAGACGAGUUCUCCGUCUCAGGGCUACAUGUCCGCGCGGAACUCGCCUUUGACGGGAUCGGCGACGAUCUCUCAGACGAACCUGACCCGAUCGUCCGCCUACGAGACCGUGCCCUCCUCAUCCGUUUAUACGUCCGCGAACUCUCCGGUGCUGAGUCAGACCAGCAUGAACAGUAGUGACAUCGCUAUCCCGACCACUUCGCCCUCGGAUUGGAGGCAGACAGGGUCGGGACGACCGGAGAGUAGCCAUAUCAGGAAUCUUAUCCGCAAUGUGCUGGAUGAUGAUGAUGAUUGAAAAAAAAAAAAGAAAGAAAAGGCCUGAAAGAAAAGAAAAAAAAGAGGGAUUAGUUUCGUGCUUCCAUGAAUGUGAGGCUGUUCGCUUUUCCAGUUCCUUCCUCUCCUCCUUCCACUUGAAGCCCUCCGCGAAUAAAUAAACACCAUGCGCCCUAUAAAUGUUCUUCCUUGC